AGCCUUACUCCCACUUCCCCCCUCUGACCUAUCCCCGGGUAGUCUGACCCCCUCCAUCCUUACUUCCCAUCGCCUUCCCCGGGGAACCUUCUCUCUCCAACCUCCCGCCCCCCUCCUGCUCGCUCUGCUGCUCCAUCGAGCGGCCGCAGCCGUCUGUGCAUCCCCCGCCCCCUUGUCUGAUGAGGAGGAAGUCUGUCUCUGUGUGUGUGUGUGGACAGAACAGCGCAGCACAAGAGGUCCGCACGCCUUACAUGUUGUUCCUUCUUGGAUUAAUUUGUGUUAAUCACUGUAACCUGUAACUCCUUGAAGAAGAAAAGGUUCAGCGGAGAUACAGACCGAGGGGAGAAGCCUGCUGCGCCUUUGCUGAGGAUGAACAGCGGCAGUAUCUACGCAAGCCGUAAGAGGCGAAAGCCUGUUCAGAAAAGUGUAAAAACCCCAGUCACUGAAGGCACAAAGUCGAACCCAUCCAAGAGACAUCGGGACAGAUUGAAUGCAGAGCUCGAGCGCCUCGCCAACCUCCUGCCCUUCCCACAGGAUGUUGUAGCCAAAUUGGACAAGCUUUCUGUUCUCCGCCUCAGUGUCAGUUAUCUCAGAGCUAAAAGCUUCUUUAAUGUUACUUUGAAGUCAAAGGGGAAUGGCAUCCAUGGAAACUGUAUACCAUCAGACCAUGGCGAAUACCUUCAAGAGGGAGAACUUCUGUUGCAAGCUCUCAGUGGAUUUGUGCUGGUGAUUACAGCUGAAGGAUUAGUUUUUUAUGCAUCCUCCACCAUCCAAGACUAUCUGGGGUUUCACCAGUCUGAUGUCAUCCAUCAGAGCGUUUUUGAACUGAUCCACACAGAAGAUAGAGCUGAGUUUCGUCGACAACUUCAUUGGGCCCUAAAUCCAAUGUCAACCUCAACUCCGGAGUGUGAACAGCCAAUUCCAGGUAGUGAAAAUGGUCUUCCGUUACCCAUCACACGUUACAGUCCUGAACAGCUUCCUCCAGAAAGUUCACCAUUUUUGGAAAGGAAUUUUGUCUGUAGGUUAAGAUGUCUCCUGGAUAAUUCCUCUGGAUUUCUGGCCAUGAAUUUCCAAGGCAGACUCAAGUUGCUGUACGAACAGAACAUGAAGGGAAAAGAUGGCUCCUGCAUCCCUCCACAGUUGGCGUUGUUCGCAAUAGCGACGCCUCUGCAACCUCCAUCCAUUCUGGAGAUCCGAACCAAAAAUUUCAUUUUCAGAACUAAGCACAAACUAGACUUCACGCCAAUGGGCUGCGAUUCUAAAGGGGAGAUAGUGCUGGGUUAUACAGAGACAGAAUUAUGUAUGCGAGGAAGUGGCUAUCAAUUUAUUCAUGCGGCUGACAUGAUGUAUUGUGCAGAAAACCAUGUCCGAAUGAUGAAGACAGGAGAAAGUGGAAUGACUGUUUUCAGGCUUUUGACCAAGGAGAAUGGAUGGACUUGGGUGCAAGCAAAUGCAAGAUUGGGAUACAAGAAUGGGAAACCAGAUUACAUUAUAGCUACACAAAAACCCCUCACAAAAGAAGAAGGGGAAGAGAAUUUGCAAAAACGAACCUUGCAGUUGCCUUUUAAUUUUGCAACUGGGGAGGCAUUGCUGUAUGAAAAAAAUUGUUUGAUCCAUGGAUUAAUGGAUCCCACAUUUCAUAAAAGCAAAGAGAAUGUUGCAAAAGUUAUAGCAGGAACAUCAAGAAGGCCAGAAGCAUUGGAUCAGAAUUCUCUUCUAGGUGCCAUGUUGAGUCAGGAUAAGUCAAUCUAUGUAUCUGCCCCUUCACAAAUUCAGAACGUCAGCUUUGAAAGGACCCUUUUUAAUAAGAAUGAAGAAGCAGAAUUCACUGAUUUCUUUCCUAGUGAUUGGGAAGAGAUUCUGUUUGGUGAAGAUAGCAGCAUUGGAAAGAUGGAAGGUACCAACUGUAUUCAGUCACAGAAGUCUUUACCUGCUCGUGAGGAAAACAUUGACGUUUCAGCUGAUAGUAUUGGCAGCGAACUUUAUAACACUAUGAAAAGCCUUGAUAUUGGGCUGGAAGACUUUGACCUCUUAUCCCAAGACGAGACAUUCCUGAGGGUUAAUUGGGAUGAGACUGGAGAUAUAAAUAAUAUUACACUGAAUGAGGAAAUACUAACAUAUGUCCAGGAAUCACUGAACAAGCUGUCAGACUGUAUGUACUCAAGUUGCAUGCAACAGAAACCACUGAAUUCAAUCUCAAGUUGCAUGCUACAGCAGCAGCUUCCAAUGGAAUAUCUUCAGCAGCAACAAAUCCCAGCAAAGCCUUGCCCUCAUCAACAGCAGCAAUCCCAAAUGCAACUGUACCAGCAACCACUGCACCCUCCCUCACAUCAGUACCAGCAACCACUGCACCCUCCCUCACAUCAGUACCAGCAGCAGAGGCAACCUCCCUCAAAUCAGUACCAGCAGCAGAGGCAACCUCCCUCACAGCAGUACCAGCCGCAGAUGCAACCUCCCUCACAGCAGUACCAGCAGCAGAUGCAGUCUCUGCCACAGCAGUACCAGCAGCAGAUGCAACCUCCCUCACAGCAGAGCCAGCAGCAGAUGCAGUCUCUGCCACAACAGUACCAGCCGCAGAUGCAACCUCCCUCACAGCAGUACCAGCAGCAGAUGCAGUCUCUGCCACAGCAGUACCAGCAGCAGAUGCAACCUCCCUCACAGCAGCACCAGCAGCAGAUGCAGUCUCUGCCACAGCAGUACCAGCAGCAGAUGCAGCCUCCCUCCCAGCAGAGCCAGCAGCAGAUGCAACUUCCAUCGCAACAGUACCAGCAGACACAGCAGUUGCAGUUAUGCCAGAAAAUGAAACACAUGAAUGUCAACGGACUGUUUACAAAGUGGAGCUCUGACAAUAUGGGAAUAACUGAUGGUCAAGAGAAGCAGUUUGAUUUCUCUGGCUUAGACAGCCCAGCAUCAGAGCUCCAGUACAAACCUGAAUUUAAUGCUAUCCCUUCACCUUGUAGGCAGGACGUAUUAUUGUACCAGCAGGUUGUAAGUCAGCCGUCUGACUUCAUCCAAGCAGAAAUGCCAAUAGAUGGUUUUCAUACACAGGGUGAUGCUGCAGCCAGUGCUUUGGAAGACUACUUGGACUAUGUGGAGCAACAUUCAAAAACACCAGAUUAUACUGCAGUGAACCCAUUAAUUAACCUAAUUGCACCAGAAUCAUGUUACACUGGUGCCAUGUCAAUGGUCCCAUGUCGAACGGAAAAUGACUUGUCCUGUAUGAAGACUGCACAACUCAAUUCUACAAGCUCAGGUCAACAGCCAUUUUUAGCCAAGAUCCAAACUGGAUUUAGUGAUGGAAACAUUAAUGAAGUUUAUCCAAAUACAUUCAAUAACGUGAAUUACACACAAUUAGGUCCUCAAACUCUUCACGGUCACAUAAUAGAACAUGGAUCCUGUUCUGAUCAAUCAUCCAGUGGCUUCAUGUAGAUGGCUGUCCUGUGAAAAAUGAGGAAAUGUUUUUAUGUUGCUUGCCGAAGGGACAGACAUUUGUAUCUACAAUGUGAAAGGACACAGAGCUUCUAAAAUGAAAACUUGUAAGGAGUAGGAGACCGAUUGCAUUCUGCUGCAUUUGAUUAUGGGUCCUACAGUCUUCAGAUUUUCUUUUUGCAAAGUGCUGUUUUAUGAAUCGGGAUUCAGCCUGGAUUCUUGCACUAGGAGUGCAUACAUCCUUGAGAAUUGUGAAAUGUGAGGUUCUACCCUCACAGCAAAUGAGCUCUUUUAAACUGUUCUGUUGGACUUUGGGCAAUGGAACUCGCACAGAGUAUUAAUUUAUAAUGGAACUACUUUUUGCAAUAUCAUAAAAGCAGAUUAUCCCAUUAAUGAACAUCAAUAUUUUGAAAGUAAAAAGGUUAUGUUCAUAUUUUUAUCAGAUAAUUUUGCCAAAUGGAAAUGUCUUUUGCGGAAUCAUGUAUGAAAGAUGAGAUCUUUGAUCACUUUCCUUUUCACUUUCCUACUAUAACUAUAAAUAUUAUGGCACUUUAAAGCAGUAGUAAUUUAAUUACAGUCUGCUGUACAGUACUGAACCCAUAACAGAUUUUUUUCUUCUAUAUAACAGCUGGAAGCAAAUAUAAAAAUAUGUUUGAUUAUAUUUAAGCAUUUUUGUCUCAGAAUGAUGCAGAUCUAAAUAUUUGUACUAGCUCCCUGCCUUGGGGAUGGCCUUAGUGAUUCAAACUCAGAUGAUUUAUGGACUUUUUCUAAAUGGUGGCCUACCAGUUCACGUGAUAAUGGAAUUUUGAAGCACCCUGUAUCCUGUAGGGAUAAACCAACAUAAAUUAUUUUCAGUCACAAAAGAAUGACCCAACUUUAAAAAGAAUACCAAAUUGGAAUAAAUAGUUAAUUACAGUUGCCAGAAAGACUUUUUUUUAAACUAACUGUGUCAGUUGAUUAGAAUUAUUAAUUGUGAGGGUUAUUCACUCACUAAAGCACAUAUCCGUUAAACCCUGUUCUAUAUCUCCCUUUUACAAUAGACGUGCAUAAUAAUUCUAUUGAACAUGUGUAUUGAUUUAGAAUAAAAUGUCAUACCACUAAAAAACUACAAGUGUAUGAUAAAUUGUUCAUGCCUUCAGGGAAAGUUUAGUAUCAGGGAAGCAAACACUGAUUACAAUGGGUAUCUUCAGAAGAAUCUCAGCAGCAACUUUUCUUUUCCUCUCCACUUAAAUAAAUUGCACUGCUGCAUGGACUUCAAUAAUGAUACCUUUUCUCUCAGAUGGCAUGUCUUUACAAUUAUCAUUGCUACCAUUGUUUCCUUGAAAUACUCGGAAAGCAAAUUUGAAAUGGAAAUGGUCCUCGUGUGGUUGUAUUAUGCAGGGAUGUCUCAUUUUCAAAAAAAAAUUCUCUGAAAAGUUGUGCCUGUGUCUAUGAAUCAUAACAUAGUCAAAUGUACAUUUAAAAAAAGCUCUGUGCAGAUAUAUUUUUCCUGUAACUGGUUGCUUUACAGACUUUGACCACAUUUUUUCAAAUGGCAUAUUUGCAGCGUAUAUCAAGAAGACAGUGUUGAAGAUUUUUUCUGUUGGGAAACCCCAACAAAACUCUUUGAUUUUUUUUACAGUACUUAUGCAAGCAUAGCAUGUAUAUGCUAUACGCACCUAGCCUCAGUUAAUAUACCUGUCCCUUGUAUUGCACUCUUCAGGAAAAAAAGCAUUCUUCACAUAAAAGCUCUUAUUGGUUCAGUGAGCAGUUAAAAUAAAUGACUACAAUAAAAGUUUGCUUUAAUAUUAAAAGCUAUCGUUCAUAGUUUAUCAAACGAAAAAUGCUUUCAAUACAUUUACUUUAUCUGACAGGUUUUGUAGACUUAUGAGACAUCAAUACUGAUGCAAAAUGUACGUUUUGUUUUGAAUAAUUGUUACUGAUUUUGUACAUGUUCAGAUUUACAUUUAAUUGUCCUUGUGAAAAUAAUUUUAUUUUUAAAUGAAUUUAUUGCAUUUUUAAAAAAUUUUGAUGUACAAAGAAAAACAAAACACAAUAAUAUGACUGAUUACUGUUGUGAGACUUUUAAAUAUUCACCCAGUUCAGUUGUCACUACCUGUUUUCGAAUGGAUAAUUUGAGCUGGGUAUUUUAUGACUUUAAUUUGCUUGUCACUUAAUAGAAGACCUGAUGCAUGUGCACUUCAGGAUAGAAGCAUUUGUGAUCACUGAAGUAAAAUGAGCGUUUUAUAUUGUACAUUUAACUUGAAUUGGAUUUGAGAAAAGAUAUUUUAAUCAGAUGACUUUUUCAAUUUUCCUUUUAAAAGAAUUGCACAGAAUAUGUCCUAAUGAUCAUCAUCUAUUUUAGUAACCUGUUCCAGAUUGUGAUGAAACUGUGAAAUAGUUACUUUAAUAACAUCUAGCCCAAGUACUUUUCUUAUUAUACCGAGUUGCCUUCGUGUCAGAACCCAUCACACUGCUUAUGGAACUUAAAUGGUUUAUCAAAGUACUCUGUAAACAUACUGAAUAUCCAUGAGUAGUGUAAAUAUGCUUGGAAUUUCCAAAAUCCAGAUGUAAAACACUGUGCAUAUCAAAUUGAAGGAGAUCUGCCACAUGCUAAAUUAUCUAACUCCAAAUUUGUUUAAAUUUCCACCACCAUUGCAUGUUUGUGCACGGUUUUGUAUCAUCUAAAAAUCUGUGAAUGGUUUCAAAUUACAAAUGAAGCUGAAUAACAGUGAUCAUGGCGCAGACUGCUCGGGAACUACAAAACUCUAUUGUGGCAAAGUUCCAAAACAAACUUUAAUAUUUUAUCAUUAAUCAUUUAGUGUAAAGAUGGUUUGUUGAAAAAUAUCAAAUAAUAUUCAAGGAAAUGUUUGAUACAUUGGUUCUCAAAAAACUUUGAUGAAGUGCCAAGCAAGUGGCUGUCUGAGCUGGAUUUUCCCCUCUGCUUACUGAACCCUACCAUUGAGAUCAAAUGCAGGGUCAGGAGCGCCACUGUGACAGGAAAUAGUCACUCAUUGUGAUUUUCCCUGUGGCAGCUGAUUAAUGGCCCAAAAAAAGAACACAUCUCCAAAUAAGGAUGAUAGGCUGACUUUUGAUUUUGGAGGGCCAGUCUGGGAUCUUCCAGUUUCGAAAGAGCAGAAGGAAAUAACAGAAGGUGAGAGAAAGAGGAUGCUUCAACAUAGAGGCACCUUCUUGCUAACCUUUUUUCAAAUUUAAACUAUGAUGUGGCUCUUACAGACAGACUGCUACAGUUUUAUUUCUGCUGCACCCAGGGAGGCAGAGAUGGUCUGCCUAUUGACCUGUCAGGAGCAUUGCUCCUACUACUGAUCCCCAGCUCACCCUUCGCCCCAACCCCCUUCAAGUCUGUAACUGGGAGUCUGCCUUUAGGCAGUUAAACCAGCCCUUCCUAUAUGAAUUUGGGGGCUGACCAGAAAAGUCUCUCACCCUGUCUUGACAGGUUUUGCGAGCACCAAUCCCAUCUCUGCUAAAAGGGCCCCAAACAGAGUAGUGCUGGGCAAACAGAAAGAUCCAAAAAGCUCCCUGUUCCACUUUUCUAAAGUAUACACUGGGGUCCUGGACAUUGUCACUCCCCUACAUCAUGAAGACUAUGCCAUUGUAUAGUUGGGAGAAAUCAGCUGUCCCUGUGGAGAUUGGUGUAAAAAGUCAUCAAAGCCUUAAGACAAAAUAAAAACAACUUCUUAAUGGCAGUCUUAAAAGAUGAAAUGAGUAUCACCUAUUGUCUUUCUUUGUAAACACUUAGUCUCUCCUUAAAGUCCAGAUUAUGAUCUCAAACUUUUUGGGCCUUGUGUGUCAUGCACUCAGUGGAAGUGCUGAGCUAUCUCAGGAAUUCCCAAGAAACUCCAUUAAUAUUGCUGCCAACCAUUUAGGAGUCACUUUGGAGGACAUCUGAGCUGCCAAGUUCACUCUGUUGUCAUAUUCCAAUCAGCAUUUAUAUAACAAUUAAUUGGAGGCUUUCCUCAAAUCAGGAUAAUGAGGCAGGCCCUUUUUACUAAUCACAUGUUGUCAAGCUUGUCUGGUGACCAUAACUCUCAUUGCUUAUGAUGCUUUUGUAGCUUCCCAAAAAGAAGUUGUUUUUAUUUGGUCUUUUAAGGCUUUGAUGACUUAUUACACUAACUGGGUGUUUCCACAGGAGCAGCUGAUUUCUCCUGACUACACAAUGAGCCAUUGUUAAAUUUGUUGUCUUUAUCAAAACUGUGAACCACAUGCUUCCAUUAGAGUUAAGUGCAGGGUUAACUGAUAUUACGUCAAACAACUCGACCAACCUUUCAGUUCCUUAAUCAUAGGUAAAAUUGUUUAUACAGUUAUUUUCUUGAAAUCAAUUGCAAUCACACUGUUUAAUAAUCUUAUUAACAUCUUACAAAUUGUUGUAUAACAUGCAAGUGAUGAUGUGCGAAAAAGGAUUGAAAGUCAUUUUGUAGAAGGGUUUAAAGAUGCUCAAGACAUUUUACACUUAGAGGGAGGGCUCCUUUGAAGAAAUUGGUUUAGUUUCCCUGUAGGAGAGAGGCAAAGGUCACCUUUUAAUUAAGUUUCAGUUAUGUAGUCUGAUUAGAGACGAGGCGGAUCAUAUAUGAAAUGAACAAAAUAUCUGUCAACACUAUCAACUGCUAGUCAUACUGUUUAGUGCAAAGAAGAACUUUCAACAUUUCUGUUAUCACUUUGCACAUCUAAAACUGGUCCCUAGAAGCAUUAAGUGUGGUUUGGAAUUUAAGUGCAAAAUGGUUUUCAUUGUAAAUCCUGAAUAACAUUUUAAGGUAUGUGAAUGUGAUGAACAGUAGCUAGGUCUACGAACACUGUAUUAAAGGUUUAAAGGGACAGCAUCAUUAUUGUACACGAGUACAGAACUGUUUGUGAACUACAGCUGUAUCAUAUUAUAAACUAUUAAGCCAAAAACAAAGUAUCAUGUUAUUAAGUGCCAAAUAUUCAGUACUAUUAGUAUAGUGUUGUAUCAAAAUUUGCUUUUGUUCAUUUUAACAACUACUUAGUGUUUUGCCCUAUAUUUUAUAUGGCAGCUGAGCCAUAGUCUGUGAUAAGAUGGCAAAUACAAGGGCAUUGAUGUUUGCACCAGUGCCAUAAACAUUUGGAAGUACAUUGCAGUUUGAAUUCUGCUCUUUGCCCUCUUGUUAAAUGUGGUGUUUAAACAGUAUUAUUGUAAAUGUUUCUUGUACAUUUUUUGAUGUCCAUUUGUUUUGCUCACAUAUUGCUAUGUCCACACACACUGUACAUGUUUCUCUUAAAAUAUAGUUUGUAACAAACUCACUCGCC